AGUCGCGGCCUUGUUUGGAUUGAAGCGGAAACGAAAACCUAAAGCUAAGAAGAAUACUGUACCGAGCUGUAAAAAAAAAAAAAAUUUGUUGCAGAGUUUGAGCGAUUCGCCGGAGAAGAUAGUGGAGAUGGCGAGCUAUUCGGAGCUGGGAAAGCGGCCGGAGAAGUCGAGCUUCUCGCUCACUUGCAGUCUCUUGAGUCAGUAUAUCAAGGAGAAGGGUUGCCCCGCAGAUCUUGGACUUGGGCGGCCUAUUCGCUCAAUUGAUCCCUCUGUUUUAGGUAAACAGGAGGCGUACCGUCCUCCGACCACUAUGUGUUUGCUUCCGGGCGUUGAUAUUUCCGGCCACGAUGUCGCCGGCGCGAAGGAUGACGAUACGAAAUCCAUUGAGCUGUUUCCUCUUCAGCCCGAUAAGCAGCCGGAGAUGGCUCAGCUGACGAUAUUCUACGGCGGAAAGGUGCUUGUUUUUGACAAUUUUCCGGCCGAGAAGGCUCGGGAUUUGAUGCAGCUCGCGAGCAAAGGGUCCCGACCAGGUGUUCAAAAUUUCUCUCUUGCGCCCCCAAGCGCCGCCGCCGAUCUCCCGAGUUGCCCUGCUCCGCCCAAUCCUCCGGCGAGCUUCCCGCCCCGGCCGCAACCCAGCUUUUCUGAUCUCCCAAUCGCAAGGAAGGCAUCCCUCCACCGCUUUCUGGAGAAGAGAAAGGAAAGAAUUAUUGCUAAGGCACCGUAUCAACUGAGCAGCAAAGAAGUCUCAAAAGAUGCUGUUUCUGUAAAGCAGGAAGACAUCUGCCAGCCAUGGCUGGGUUUGGGGCCGCAGAUCUCAAAUUCCAGCAGAUAGUUUUAGUUACUAUAAUUUUUUUGUUUUGGUUAAUUAAACUCUGCUGAGGUUGUUUUCUAAUUGAGAUGUUUGCCGCGAUAUAACUUCAUAUAUAAUAGGAUGUGCUCUCUGACUUGCACACAUGUAUGGUUUGGGUGAAGAUGUGAUCUAUUUUGUUUUUUGCAGAUUCUGGAUGAGGAAUCUGUUGUAAAAAUAGCAUCAUUUAACCCCUUCAAUUGUUUCUUCUUUGAAUGUUAAUGCAUAGCCUUGUUUGUUUUGUG